GAUUCUAACUUUUUCCCCUCACCGGAGCGCAGAUCGUCGAGCCCGCGGGGCUCUGCACCUCACUCUCUUCCACCACGCAGCGUCGGUGGAAAUCAUGCUCGCGAGGUGUGGACACUUCGGGGAUGCCGCGAAGUCUCUGGUCGCCGGUUUCUGGAUCACACUCGGCGUCUGCUCCGUGGUUGUCCGCGGACAGGAGGGCGAUGGCUGUGGACAUACAGUGAUGGGCACAGAGUCCGGCACCUUGGCCUCUCAGAACUAUCCGGGCACCUACCCCAGUAACACUUGGUGUAAGUGGAGGCUUCUUGUGCCAGAAGGCCGCACGCUGCAACUGCUGUUUGGGGAUUUUGACAUUGAGAGCAGUCCGGGCUGCGGCAACGGCUCCCUGGUGAUCACGGACAAGAGUGGAGAGCCCAGUCUGGGUCCAGUGUGUGGGAAGCUUGAUGCAUCACAGACAAACGUGACACUUAAAAGCAAUGAAGUGAUAAUAACCUUCAAGUCAGGCCCGCACCGCUCUGGACGAGGGUUUCUGCUGUCCUAUGCCACAGACCAGUAUCCAGAUCUCAUUUCUUGUCUACGGCGAGGAUCUCAUUUUAGCUCGCAGCAUUUGAGUGUGUACUGCCCUGCCGGAUGCAAGAAUGUCACAGGGGACGUGUGGGGGAACUCUGAACACGGUUACAGAGAUACGUCAGUACUGUGCAAGUCUGCUGUCCACGCUGGGGCUGCAUCUGACUAUAUGGGAGGUCGUGUCACCGUGACUCGCGGGAGAAGUCUCACACUCUACGAGCCCACCUUUGCCAAUGGAAUCCUCUCCAAAAUGGGAUCGCUGUCUGAAAAGAAGCUGCUCUUCAGCCAAGAGUGCAACAACAUCCUGCCUAUCUCUGGGUAUAAUGCAUCGUCUUUCUGGGACAAAAACAGUCAAGAGCACAGAGCGUUGUGGUCCUCCAGAAACAUGGACUCUAGCCACGAGUUCCUACUCUGGGCUGCAGACAGUGGUGACCGCAACCCGUGGGUGGAGCUGGAGCUGAGCGAUAGAAGCACUAUCACAGGAAUAAUAACAAUGGGAUCAGAUGAGUACUACACAGAAUCCUACUCUCUUCUUUUCAGCAAAGACGGAAAGAAUUGGAAGCUUUACAAAGGUGCUUUCAGCAAAGAAAAAAAGGUAUUUCAGGCCUACACCGAUGGUCACCUCAGGGUUCUCAACAGCUUGUUUCCUCAUGUGGUUGCUCGGUUUGUUCAGCUCCAGCCGUUGAGCUGGCACGGCAGAGCUUCAGCUCAGGUCCAGCUCCUGGGUUGUCCCGUUGCAAAGGUCACACCGAGGUCCCGCUCACCCGGAGAAUCUCCAUCCAUUAAAGUUAACAUGGGUGCACCACGCCCAAGCCCCUCUCCCACCCCCACAGGAGGCCCAGUGUUAGUGGAGACGAGACCGAGCACCAGUCAGCCGGUCAUCGUGGCAGUGGGAGUGGUCCUGGGGUUGAUAAUGUGCGGCUGUUGUUUGUUGGCUGGAGUCUGGUGGAAGCGAAGAAAAAAAGAAUCACAAAUGAAGUACUCUUUACCCAAAAUAGGUUGUCAGAGUUUUCAGGCAAAGACGCUCCCCUGCCCACAAUCACAGCUUAUCUCCUACCCUCUUGAGCGAAACGUCCACGACGCUCUGCCGAGCCCACCUCUCAACGACUACGCAGAGCCCACUGUUACAGCCAUUGGGCAGAAGCUUGGGUCAACGUUUAGACCCUCCACAGACGAGGGCUACACCACCCCCUUCAUCCUGAACCACUAUGACACUCCUGGCAACCAGCCAGAGUACGCCGAGCCACUUCCCCCAGAACCGGAGUACGCCACUCCGUUCAGCGAGCAGCCUUUCGAGUCCAAACUGACGACUCUGAUGGGGAUCCUUCACGGCAGUACACACGGCCCUCCUGUACCGGCGCCUGGUGCGAGGACGACAUCCAGCCACGCUCGGUACGACUGCCCCUCACACAGAGUACUGUCCAACGGCUACUGCACUCCUGCUCUACAUGGCAGUGGCCCUAGACCAGUCAGUUUGGUCUACGCUGAGCCCAAGUCAUGUGACUCUUUACUGCAGAACCACACAUACGAGGAGCCUUUGUGAGCUCAACAAGCUUGAGUGCAGAGAACAAAAAGACUCUUCUUAAACAAAAAUGUGCAUUGGGACCAGAGGAGGACGUGGGACUGAUCUCUAGAGUGCCCCGAGCUGCACACCGUUGUCCAGACUGUACUAAUGCUGACAGAGCUGAACUUCCAGUGAACUUUGGACCACUAUGCAAAUGUGAUUGUACACUUCUCAGAUUACAGAAUAAUCUGAGAAACUGUGAGCACAGUUAUUCUUCCAGAAACUAUGUGGUUGUACAUUGAAAAUAUCUCGGGAUGCACAAACGAAAAAAUCCAGGUUCAGUCGUGUCUCAGAGAAACUGUUUUAUUGACGUGUGAUCACAAGGUGCACUUUCAGAAAAUACAUACAGGAAUGUAUGCUUCGGUUUAUUUAACAGGUUAAAUACAAACAACUGAAUGUUACUUGAAGUCACAAAACAUUGUAUUCACAAAGUAUAAAUUCAACAUUUUUUUGUAAAGGAAGAAAAAAAACGUGUCACUGGUUAUGAUGUUGCUGUGAUUUUAAAUGACCACUAGGUGGCUCUGUCUGAACUUCUAACAAUAAUGAAUUAUUGUUUUCAUUCCUCAGUUAACCCGACAUCCAUUUAUAACAAAUUUUUGACUUAAAAAACAACUUAUAUUGGUUUAAAAUAAAUGCUUGGAUUAUAGUAUAACACAAAAAGGCACAACAGGCACGUUUAUGUCAUAUUUGGGAUGGUGAACUAAACCCUCUGUCUCAAACUACUGCAGUGUCCUUGAGCAAACUCGUACACAUCAACUCCAGAGCUGCUGUCAUGUGGUUGCCCCCGUGUGAGGGGCUUCAGAUCAUCACUUUAAGAAGGACGCCAGCGUGUGACCUUCUCGUCACUCACUUAGCUUCUGUCAUUGUACAGCAUCUUUUACAGUGUUAACUGAAAUAUCAUGUUCUAUUUUCAUAUAGGAAACUUGUUUUAAACAUUGAAAUAACUGAAUAAAUAAUUUAAAUAAACUGAAAUUACAUUGCUGAGUAAGAAUCUUAAAUACAUUUUUCAAAUGUAGUUUUUUAUUAGAACAAUUAUUUUAUGAUAAGGGUCAGACGGCAGAAUAUUCCUCCGUUAUAUGUGAAAUUGUUACUAAAAAGAAUUUAUAUUUCUGGGAAUGUUUUGUGGCGCCACGUUUUGUGAUUAUAUUUUUAUUUUUUUGGCUGUAAUACAACAAGGAGAAUAAAACUUCUUCCACUGCUGAAUAAGGCACAAUAAAACAACUGAAAACA